CUAAAAAAAAAUUUUUAAAUUUGUAACAAAGUCUAUUCACCCCCCCCCCUCUAGGCUUUGUAACUCACCACUUUGGGACCACCAAUUGGUAUCGUAGCUUGUUUCUCACUAUCUACUUUUAGAUUAACAAGAAGCGAUCAUAAUGGUGAACAAUAUGGAUCACGGUUUGCCCAAGUUUUCUGUUCUAGGUUAUGAUGAUUGGAAGAUCAUGAUGGAAGCACAUCUCUACGCUCUACAUGAUUGCAUGUGGAUGGUGCUUGAGGAUGGACCCUUGAAAAUCCAAAUGGAGAACCCUGAGAAGAAUCCAGCUGCUCCAGAUGUAGUCCAGUACAUUCCAAAGCCCAAAGAAAAAUGGGAUGAUAGAGAUUGCAAAAAGCACAAUCUGGACAACGUCGCCAAAGCAGCCAUCUUCAAGACACUUGAUCCCAUCACCUUCUCCAAGAUUAAGCAUCUCAAAACUGCUAUGGAGAUUUGGCAAGGUCUUGGGAAGCUAUGUGAGGGAUCAGAGGACCUGAGAAAGAAAAAAAUAGAAGUCCUGCUUGAGAAGUUUAAAAGCUUCAAAAUGCUUCCCGGAGAAUCAUUUGAUAUGUUGGAUGAAAGAUUCCACAAAAUAUUGAAUGAUCUUGCUUCACUUAACCACAUUCUUUCUCCCAAAGAAAAGAAUGUAAGGUUGCUGAGAUCACUCCCAACGGAGUCGUACACCAAAGCCACAGCCAUGGAAGAAGGAAGAAACCUGGAGAACUACACUGUUCAAGGUCUCCUUGAUGAAUUCAGAACCUAUGAGCACGAGCUGAAGAAGAAGAAGGAAGAACAAAUCACUCCCUUCCCCAUGGCAUUGAUGACAACUUCAAGAAUUCCAUCAAGUGAAGGGACAUGCACAAGAAACUGUGACACACCUUCCUCCAGCCAGCCGUCAAGCUCAAAAAUGGAGAACUACGAUGAGGAAUUUGCCAUGAUGGUCAAACAAUUCCAGAAGUUCAAGAAGUUCUUCAAGAAGGCUGAUUCAAUCAGAAGGCCAUCCAAGGGAAAGCCACAGGAAUCUGCCUUCUUCAUUCCCAAAACACAAUUUGAGAAGAAAAGCCUCUGCAUGGAUGGUGCAACCACUGUCUUCAAAGUAGAUGAGUCGCCCUUUGCCGGGGAGGAUGAAUUUCCUACCUGCGAAGAUCAUCUAGAGGAUGGUGACAGAGAUCUGAUUGUUCCAGAUUCCGAAGAAGAGGAUUGCGAUGAGGAGGUGAAUGAGAUUAUUCCAGAUUCGGAAGAUGGUUACUAUGAUGAGGAGUUGAUUGUUCUAGAAUCUGAAAAAAGGGAUGAUGAUGAGGCAUUCAUAGUUCCAAAUUCUGAAGAAGGGGACGAUGAUGAGGGAUUCAUUGUUCCAGAUUCUGAGGAAAGGGAUGAUGAUGAGGCAUUCAUUGUUCCAGAUUCUGAAGAAGGAGACUAUGUUGAGGCAUUCAUUGUUCCAGAUUCUGAAGAAGGGGAUGAUGAUGAUUCAUUCAUUGUUCCAGACUCUAAAGAAGGGGAGGAUGAUGACACGUUCUCUAACCUUGACUCCCAAAAAGAAUCUGAGUCCCUGAAUUUGGAGGUGGAGGCUGUGGACAAACCUGCAUUCCUCCAAGCAAGGGUUGAUGAGGAUCCAUUUAGUGCUUUUGCUAGCUUACAAUACGACCCGAAGUUGGGAAAAGUGCCUGAGGCAUGGCACAGCUCAUCCACAAAGGCUUUGCUUCAUAUCUGGUUCCCACGUUUCUUCAUCUAGGGAAGUACUUUGUCUCUACUCUCAUUUUUGCGUAUGAGUAGUACUGAAACCUAUGAUUGUCUUGUUGUUUUGUCGCUGCAUUCUGUGUUUCCCAUUUAAAUGUGUGAUUCUGUUGUUUGUUUUCGUUGUGGGGAUGCUGUUUAAGUAUAAGUGUGUGUUUGGGUGUAUAUGACUAUGGUCUAUGAUGAAUCAUCCCGUUAAGAUUAUGGUCUAUGAUGAUGCUGUGUAACCCCCACCUUUCGUGGUGUUUGUCGCUCCAUUCUGUGAAUGAAUGUUGAAGUGAUUU